UAUAUGAAGCAACAUAUGAUUCUGUACAAAUAUAUGUGGCGUGAUAAGUAAGAUAUGCUAAUCGAGUUACGUUUAACUAGUUUUUUGCGUUCAAUAAUCAAUAUAACUACAUAAUAUUCGACAUCAUACCAAUAAAUAGUUUAAAGUGGUAGAAGACAAAUUGAAAAGUAGACGAAAAUAUGGUAAAUCGCAUUCCCAAUAGAUAAGUGAUAUUUGUAGCUAAACUCAUCUCAAUUUAGUGCUGCUUUUUAUAUUUAUAUAUGUAGGACUAGCUAUGCUAAAAUAAAAAAUACAAAAACUUGGGUAUAAUCGGGUUGACCCGCACUCAGACUCAGACUCUAACUUGCAUCUUGAUCAAAACUCGCAUAUUGACCCAAAAACCGUGUAAAUGAUACUAUUCGGUUACACAAAUGACACUGCCUAUAAUUGACACUAUUCGAUUAUAUAUAAAUGAUACUGUAACAUUUUAAAAUGUUAUAGUGUCAUUUUCAAUCUUAUAGUGUCAUUUAAAAUAUUAUAAUAUCAUUUACAAUCUUAUAGUGACAAUUACAGGAAGUGUCAUGUAUAUUUCUGAAUAAUGUCAAUUAUACACAAUGUCAUUAUAGUGUCAUUUAUACAUAGUGCCAUUUGUAUAACAGAAUAAAGUCAAUUACAGAUAAUGUCAUUUGUAUAACCGAAUAUUGUACUCCCUCCGUCCCAGCCCAAUAGGCUCGUUUUCCUUUUCGGGACGUCCCAGCCCAAUAGGCUUAGUCUUAAAAUAAAAAUAAUUAGGGGUCAUUAAGUAUUAUAAUAAGGGAGCUAUUUAGAGCUAAUUAAAUUUGGGCUCCUAAUUGGGCUCGUAAUUAAUCCUAAGACUGUCGCCUCUUUCAUUUCCAAUUUCCCCUUCUCUCUCUCAAGCGGCGCAACCCUAAUUCCUCUCUUUUCUUUCUAACAGUGCAACCCUGCCGAUUCUUCAACCUCCGCCGCUUACCUUCGCCGAUCAACCGCAACCCACACCCGUGUUUCCCCGCCGUGAUGAAUACUCAUAAACCCACGCUGAUUCUCAUGGAGUUCGACCGAUACUUGGUCGAUUUCGUCGAUCAAGAGUCUUUGAGCGGCGGAUACGCCUCCGAAUCCCAAUUUUCCAAUGGGGCUUGCUCUACUCUAGAUCUCAGUGACUACGUUCUAUGUCUACCUCGGGAGAGUCGAAUGAAGGCGGUUGGAGAGGCUCGAAGGAAGGUGGUUCGAAAGGGCGCUAGGGUUCCUUUCACCGAUCUGUCUGAGACCUUUGUCCCAGAGACCGAACCACCGGAGGUGGUGGUGGCUGAAGAAGAGGAAGAGGCGGUGUUUGUUGCGGAGGAUGAGGCAGCGUCUCCGCCCUACCGAUUCCAGCACAUCGUUGAUAUGUUCGUGGAUAUAUAUUUACCAUCCAUGAAACGGCCCAGAAACGAGUGACAGUGCGCCCCCCCAAGUUGAAUUUGAUGCCGGCCUCCUUCAUUUUUCAUUACUUGGGUUUGCCAUCCUUAGAGUUUUGAAGAAGGAAUCGGACUACCAUCAUCUUCAACAUCCUUCAAGUGCACCAUUUUGUGAAGCUUUUGUCUUUAGAAAGUGUGUUUAGUUAUUGUGAGUGUAUGUAGUUUUAUUUAUAGAACAUCUAUGUUUGAAUUCUGGCGCCAACUUUUAAGCUUGGCAAAUUGUAAAUUUGGGUGAAUUACUUUAAAAUUUGGCGCCUCUGAAUUUGGGCCAAUUUUAAAGAGGCAGACAAUCAUUUAAUUUAAUGCAUUUAAUUUUAAUAUAGAAUGAUUAAAUGAGCAAAGCAAUCAAAUGGGAUUAAGAAAAAAAAAUAAGGGAACACUUAAUUGCUUAAUUUUUGGUGGACCACACCAUUUACCUACCAAAAAGUAAGU